CCUUGUGGACUGCUCUCUCCAACACUCUUUCGACUAUUAUUUUCGUAAAAUCAACUUUUUUGAAUAAAUAUCUAAACAAAUCCUUAAAGUCACGUUUGAUUCUCUCAAUUAUUUCUCCUUUAACACUCUUUUAAACAUUAUUAUAUAUUUAAAACCCUUAAAAACCACACCACACUCCAAAAAAAUCAAACCCACCAUUCAAACAAAACACAAAAACAACAAAAAAACCAUUUCCCCAAAAAAAAAAAAACAAAAACAGAGGAUGAAACAAAACCAGAGCAAGUUCUUGAGAAUAAUCUCAACACCUCUAAGAGCUUUAGGCAAGGCACGUGAUUUCUACGUGAGAAGCAUCACCGGUUGCGCAGCUCGUACUCAAUAUUCCUCCUCCGCCUCCGUCUCCGCUCCUUUUCCAAGAAGCCGGAGCUCCUCCUCCGCCGCCUUCUCCUCCUCCGCAUCAUCCCGGAGAACCACCGAUUUCGGGAUAGAUGAAGAUUACAGCGAGCUAGUGAGAGCUGCGUCGGUGAGGAGUUUAGGGCACAAGAAUGAGAUAGACAUGUUGAUACAAGAGAAGCUGCAACAGCAGAAGCAACAGAAGCAAGGAGGGUUGCCUAAGAGCUCGAGUGCUGGGAUGGCGAGGAUAGAGGAAGAGGAAGAAACAGAGGAAGGAUCUGUGAAUCCGAAGGUGAAGAAGACUAAGAAAGUCUCUGAUCUUUUGUAUCCUCGUAGCAAAUCUUACGCCGUUACUACUAGUACCCCUAUCUUGUAACUUCUCUUCUUCUUUUUUCUUCUUCUUAAUUUUAGUAUUUUGUGGAUUGAUUAUCAUUUUUCUAGCUCGAUUUUUCGUGCACUGUGAAAUACUAUUUUCUUAGCUUGAUUUUAAUAAUUUUGUGGAUUGAUUAGAAAUAAAUAACUAAACCUACUCUAGCUUCGAAUCCAAGUUUGGUUUACAUCGUAAGUUUGACGUAAAUAUAUUAGGUAGAAUAAUUGUGUGGAAAUUUAUAAUUUUUGUACCUUGUUAAUCAGUUGAACUCAUAAACUGAUAUAUGUAUGCAUCUCAAUUUUCGGAUUUAUCAUGUCAUUGAUAAAGUUCUGUUCAGAUAUACGUAUAUACGAUGAUUAGUGACUAUUAUUAAUUCAAGGACAGCAUUGUGCUUUAACACUAAAUGACGGAAAGCUUAUGAA